CGGAAGUUGUGGCGGCAGCUCCAGGAAGAGCGGCGGCUGCGCGGGGGGCGGCGCGGAGCUGCGGGGCUGCUCGGCCUGGUGCGGCCCCCAGCGCAGCCCUCAUGCGCCGCUCCGGCUGACACCUGCAGGACGCUGCUCUGGGGCCUUCGCCGCCGGCUUGGGCCUGGGAUCUUCGCGGUGUGGGCCCAUGGAAUCAGCCGGGCGCGGCGGCGACGGCGCGCCCCGGGGGCCGGUGCUGCACAUCGUGGUGGUCGGCUUCCACCACAAGAAGGGCUGCCAGGUUGAAUUCUCUUAUCCACCCCUGAUUCCAGGAGAUGGACAUGAUAGCCACGUUUUACCUGAAGAAUGGAAGUAUCUGCCCUUCCUUGCCUUACCAGAUGGCGCACACAACUAUCAGGAAGAUACUGUAUUUUUUCACUUGCCACCCAGAAAUGGAAUUGGAGACACAGUAUAUGGUAUCUCUUGCUACCGACAAAUUGAAGCCAAGGCAUUGAAAGUUAGGCAAGCUGAUAUCACCAGAGAGACCGUUCAGAAAAGUGUCUGUGUUCUAAGCAAGCUGCCUCUCUAUGGCUUACUUCAAGCAAAACUCGAGCUCAUUACACAUGCAUAUUUUGAAGAGAAGGACUUUUCUCAAAUUUCCAUUCUAAAGGAGCUUUAUGAACAUAUGAAUAGUUCCUUGGGAGGAACUUCGUUAGAAGGAUCCCAAGUGUAUCUUGGUCUGUCUCCUCGAGAUCUUGUCCUUCAUUUUCGACACAAGGUCUUAAUUCUGUUUAAAUUAAUUCUUCUGGAAAAAAAGGUUCUUUUUUAUAUUUCUCCAGUGAAUAAAUUAGUGGGUGCACUGAUGACUGUGUUAUCCCUUUUUCCAGGCAUGAUUGAACAUGGUCUCCGUGACUGUUCACAGUACAAACCUCGCAAAAGCAUGUCUGAAGAUAUUGGGCUUCCAGAUAGUAAUGCUGCUACACAGGACUCUCUCUCUGGGUCUGUUGCUGACUCUUCAAAGGCCAAUCUAGGAGCUGUCAAGAGUACCACAAUAGGAAACCAUGGGGGAGAUGCUGCCUUCAAGACUGAAAAGCCUUUGCUCCAUAGAGAAGAUGAUCACAGCAAAAGACAAGAACUUGAUGCCACUCAAUAUUUGAAACCUCCUUCUCGUCCAUCUCCAGAGUCUUCAGAAAGUGACUGGGAAACUUUGGAUCCUAGUAUCUUAGAAGACCCCAACUCAAAAGAAAGGGAACAGGUGGGGUCAGACCAGACAGAUUUAUUUUCAAAAGACUCUGUGCCCUCAGACAGUCUUCCAAUUACUGUACAACCUCAAGCUAACACAGGGCAGGUGGUACUCAUACCAGGACUCAUUUCAGGUUUGGAAGAGGACCAGUAUGGUAUGCCCCUGGCCAUCUUCACAAAGGGUUAUUUGUGCUUGCCCUACAUGGCCCUACAGCAGCAUCACCUUCUCUCUGACGUCACCGUUCGGGGUUUUGUUGCCGGAGCUACUAACAUCCUUUUUCGACAACAGAAACACCUCAGCGAUGCCAUCGUGGAAGUAGAAGAAGCUCUGAUCCAGAUCCAGGACCCAGAACUCAGGAAGCUGCUUCACCCGACCACUGCAGACCUCAGGUUUGCAGAUUAUCUGGUGAGGCAUGUGACGGAAAAUCGAGACGAUGUCUUCCUGGAUGGCACAGGCUGGGAAGGAGGUGAUGAGUGGAUCCGGGCCCAAUUUGCAGUCUACAUCCAUGCCCUGCUGGCUGCCACGCUACACCUAGAUAAUGAAAAGAUACUAUCGGACUAUGGGACCACUUUUGUUACAGCUUGGAAGAAUACUCACAACUACAGAGUAUGGAACAGCAACAAGCACCCAGCACUUGCAGAAAUAAAUCCAAACCAUCCAUUUCAAGGCCAGUAUUCCAUGUCAGACAUGAAGUUAAGAUUCUCACAUUCUGUUCAGAAUAGUGAACGUGGCAAAAAAAUUGGAAACGCCAUGGUCACAACCAGCAGGAAUGUGGUACAAACAGGAAAAGCUGUAGGCCAGUCAGUUGGAGGAGCUUUUUCCAGUGCAAAGACAGCUAUGUCUUCGUGGCUUUCGACCUUCACCACUUCCGUCCCUCAGAGCCUCCCUGAGCCCCCCGACGGGAAGCCCUGAACCCUGGCAGAGGUUGCAUCAUGUUCUUAGGUGUAAGUGCUACUGGCUAUCUGUGUCCCACCUGUGCCUUUCCAGGUCACAGGGUUGUAGCAGGACCUGAACAUGGAACUGCUCACACGGAUAGCUGCACUUUGUCUGAUGAACAGCAUAGGAUACUGAGAAAAUGAUGUCACAGGCACGACAGGGAUGGACUCCAGGUUGACCUUUAAAUUGACUACUCUCAUUCUGAGCCUGAUGUGCAGUAAACCUUCUAAUGAAUUCCUUAAGUUCAGAGAUUGUAUAUGUUUACUUUAGAAAAGUUUUUAUGUAAAUUUUGUUUUGCUUCUGAAUAUAUAGAUGUCCAUUAUAAUUUAUAUUUGCUAAAAUUAAGUUAUGUCACAAUUUUUAAUUUCUCGAAUGUUGUCUGUAUAAUGUGUUCAUCAAGGUAAAGAGCCGUAAAUCCAGCCACUACUGUUUUCCUGAGUUCUCUAGGAUUUUUAAAAAUAUAUUUCCUAUCUACAAAACACACUGAUCAGUUCACUUCUUCCAAGAAUUGUGCAAGACAGAGCAGGAGUUCUGUGCACAGAGUGCUUUCAGGUGGUUGCCUUGUUCUAUCCUGGCACACCUGCUUAGAGGCCGCAGGGAAUGUCCCAUGCUCUCCCCAUGCUGACUGUGCUACAGCAAGUAGACAGCGAAACAGUACAGGGACAGUCACAGUGGCGAGGAGUGGUUUGACAUAGUCUGUGGUCAGGGCUUUCAAAGACCCAUACAUUAGUUUUGUCGACUCUGGUCACGUUUUAAGUCUUUGUCAGCAUUUUUUAAUCAAAAGUUUGUGCCCUCUCAUUCUUAACUAUUCCAUCACUAUAGACAAAUCUAUAGGCUUCUUCCUCUUACUCAUAAAGCUUUUCCAGGCACUUAGCCUUCCUGCCUCCUUGACUGAAAAUCCUCCUGUAGUCAAUCCUUGCCUCCUCCUAAAAGUAUUUAUAAAAAAAAAGCAAAAUGAUUCAUAAAGAUUAAAGAGAAACUGUAGCUGAGGGUGAUGGUGUACACUUUUAAUCCCAGCACUCUGGGAGGCUGAGGCAGGAAGAUAGUAACCUGAGCGAUUUUGCAACUUAGUCCUGUCUGAAAAAUAAAAAUAAAGGCUGGGGGUGUACCCCAGUGGGAAGGCUCUAAGUAAUACUCCACAAAAAAGAAGAAAAAAUAAAAAAAUCUCAGCUUGCAUUUAAUAAACAAUAAGGCAGGAGAAGAAGACUGUAGUCCUGCAGUUUGUUGCCUGUCCCCAGGACAUCUGGUUUUGGCUUGUCAUCUGCACCCUUGUACCCAUUGUUGUUGGGUCACGUGUUCCCAUGCUGCUUUUCCUGGGGACUCGAUGUGGGCUUUUCAGAGCCUCAAGGAAGCAGACUCCCUUUCAGCAGCAGAAGACUGGAAAGUUCCUUCCAAGUGUGGCAUACAUAUGCUCUAAAGAGUGUCAGGGGAUUCAGGUCCUGAUUGAGGACACUGGUUAAAUUUGCUUUAUCUUGUACAAAAUAGUUAAUUUAUUAAGUAAUACUCUUAAGGCAUAUGAAAUGAACAUGGGGUUUAAUCUAAGUUUCCUAAUUUGUGUUCGAACAUAAGUCCUGUGCACCUAAAAGCGUACUUUAAUUUGAGCAUAAUAACUUAAAAGCUCAGCAAAGAUAUAUUGAAGAACUGAAUGUGCAAACUCCAUCGAUUUGUUCCAGCCCAGAAAAUUAAGUCAAGAAAUAUUUGAAUAGCAGGCAUGUAGCACAUGCCUGUAAUUCCAGGACUAGGAAGGCUGAGGCAG